CGCCAACCCAAUUUGUUUUGAGUUAAUUACAGUUUGUGCACUGAUUUAAUGAUAGCUAGGAGGGACAUUGCAGACCCGAGAAAACAACAAUGUUUUUUUCUUAGGAAAAUAAUAGUUUCAUCAUGGAGACUUGCUGAAGAAUAUUUCUAACUGAUAGAGAAGUGCUGCCCCCUGGUGGAUAGAGAAGUGCUGCCCCCUGGUGGAUAGAGAAGUGCUGCCCCCUACACACAUUCACAAUAUUUCCUUAGAAGACAAAGUGAUCACAAAAUGAUCUGACACUACUUUUUUACAAAAGUAACCCUUCUCCCUUCCCCCCAAAAUUGUUCACAAUGGGUUUUCCAAACAUCUGUGUGGAGCUAUCCACCAAGAUUGAUCAAAACACAAGAGGAUCCCAAAAUCCCUGUUGAUUCUGGACAAUUUUGCUAGAAUAUAAUUUUUAUAUAAUAUGAGAAAAAAAAGAUAUCUGCAGUAACAGUGGAAUAAUGUUAUUUCUCUACACAUACUAACAAGAAAAUAUUUUGGGUGAAUACAAAAGCAAAUCCUGAACUGCACAAUUUCCAUUUGCCCUGAGAAGACACAUCCAGCCUCUUUACUAUCAAGACAGCCAAUCAUCUAUUCUCAAACAAGGGAUAGCAGGAAAGGUGAAGCCAAAUAGCUCUGUCAGUGAAUUACAGCUUUUCUAAGCUGGGUAACUACAAGUAGAUACAAAUUAAAUAAAACAUUUAAAUCUUAAUUCCAGUUGGUUGUUAAAGUGCUGUCUUUCACAAUAAACUGAGCGGAGUAUGUUUCUUCCUGAAUUACAACACCAGCACAAAUCUCUCCCUGCCCUAACACACCUGAUUCAAAUGAUCAGCUCAUUAUCAAUAGACAAUGCUGUUGAAAUUUCAACACAAGCGUUGUGUAUGAAGGAUAAAAAAAACUGACAAGCUAUCAUGACAACUUGAGGGGUUAAACUUUCAGAGAAAACUUUGGUUAGAAUAGACAUCAAUGUAGAGAAGCCCCUGAAAUAACUAAAAUAAUCCACCAGUGUCACCCAGGAGAGAAAAGAGCACAAAAAACUGCUCCAUCAAAAGUACAUCAGAGCAAAUAUGUGCAUACAGACCAAUUGACAAUCUUACAAUCUAAGGCUAUGGCACUUUUAACAUCGUUCAGGUUAUUCUAAAACAAAUGGCUUAAGAUCACUGAUAACAUAUAAAACCUUUCUGACGUCUAUGCCCAGGUAAGUAAAUAGCAGCCUGUGGGUCAACUGUAACUGCAAAUCGCGAACAUAUUUGUCUCUCACGAAGUAGGGUGAUAUCGUUUAAAACAUCCAAAUCUUGGAAAACCUGAUUAUUUACUAAAUGGUUCUCACAGAACCAUUUAGUAAAGCCAACAGGGUUGUCUAUAUCAGUGCUUCACAAACCUGCUCCUGGAGGCUCGCCCUGCAUGUUGUAGGUCUCUCCCUGCUCUAUCACACCUGAUGUACCUCAUCAAGGACGUGAUAAUGAACUGAUCAUUUGAAUCAGGUGUGUUGGGACAGGGAGAGACCUACAACAUGCAGGAUGGGGUGCCUCCAGGAGCAGGGUUUAGGAAACACUGAGCUACAUCAUGCUGAAUCAGCAUGUGAUUAAUUAAUUUAUGGGCACAUAAUGUAGCGCACUGUUACAGCCUAGCUGUUUACUCACCAGACAAAGUAAAAAAUGGGUCAGUAGUGGAAUGCUUUGUACAAGGCUUGAUUCAUCUUAGGCAUGUACAUCUUAAAGGUGUGGAUAAAGGCAGAGCCUGCUGCCUAUUCAGCAUCAAAACCAGCAGAACGUCUUGCAUUCCACACAUUCUCUCAUUGCACGUUUGUCUGUCGGUGUCUCUAACAGCUGUGAUUAAUGGAUAUUAAGCCACCGUUUUCCUGAGGAAUAAUUAGCCACUGUUAAUUAAAACAUGUACUUUCACUCACCUCCCAGGUAUAAAGAGAUGUUGAGCUUCGGAAUUCAUUGGUUUUCUAAUCUCUGAUUGGCUGAUCAGAUUUGUUAGUGUCAACUAAAGCAUGACUUACAGGUCUAACCUGGUUCACUGAAAACUCCUCCCCUGCCUCACCUGCAUUGUGCAAACCGGGAUGCAGUACAUUAUGAUAACAUUGAUCUCUCUGGCGUUCAGCUCUGUUGGAUCAGAUUUCGGGUCACAAGGAGAGUGACUGGAAAAUAAAUCUUGACACGCAGCUUGACUUUGGUGUGCCAAUUUGUUUGAUUUGAGUGUUUGCUUUCUUCUUGAAAAGUGGACAUUUGUUCGGUGUGAACUUUUAUUUUGAAGCAGUUACAGCGCAGGGAGCAGCACUGUGCGAAAACAUGGCAUUCAGAUCGACUGCACCUGACCGGGACCUCUGCUGUCCAAUCUGCCAUGACAUCUUUAUUACUCCUGUUGUCCUGAGAUGUAGCCACAACUUCUGCAAAGCCUGCCUGGAGCCAGUCUGGAAACUCAAUCAAUCCCAGGAGUGUCCCCUUUGCCGGAGAAGAUCCAUGAACGACCCGCCUAUUAACGUGCCUCUGAAGAUCCGAUGUGAGAACUUCUUACAGGAGAGAGAUCAGAGAGCUUCAGUGAGUUCUGGGGUACAGGGGAGGAGUCAGAGAACGUCAGCAGCGUCUGGGGAACAGGAGGAAGGUCAGAGUUCGACUGGGUCUGAGGUAGAGCAGGGCAGUCAGAAAGCCGUUGCAGUACCUGUGGUGCUCUGUGAUCUGCAUGCUGAGAAACUCAAACUCUUCUGUCUGGAUGACAAACAGCCCAUUUGUGUGGUGUGUCGAGAUUCCAAGAAGCAUAGAACUCAUAUCUGUGUCCCCGUAGAUGAGGCUGUGCAGGAUUAUAAGGAGGAACUCCAGACUCUCCUGGUGCCCUUACAGGAGAAGCUGAAGCUCUAUAAUGAAGUUAAGCUAACUUGUGAUAAAACAGUAGGGCACAUUAAGAACCAGGCCCAGAACACAGAAAAACGGAUUAACCAAGAGUUUGAGAUAUUUCGCGCAUUUCUACGAGAUGAAGAGGCAGCCAGGAUAGCCGCACUUAGGACGGAAGAGGAGCACAAGACUCAGACAAUGAACAACAAGAUCGAAGAGAUGAACAGAGACAUAUCAUUAAUUUCAGACUUGAUCAGAGCCACAGAGAAGGAGCUGAAAGCAGAAGACCUGCCGUUCCUCCAGAACUUUGAGGACAUUAAGGAGAGAUCCCAGUGCUCUCUGCCGGAUCCACAGCUGGUCUCAGGAUCUCUGAUAGACGUGGCCGAACACCUGGGCAACCUGCAGUUCCGGGUCUGGGAGAAGAUGCGGGGGAUCUUCAAAUACACCCCUGUGAUUCUGGACCCCAACACAGCCCACUGGGGACUCUGUCUGACUGACGAUCUGACUGGUGUGAGAAGGACAAGCACGUUGCAGCCGAUCCCUGACAACCCCGAGAGAUGUAUGAAAUAUGUAGACGUCCUGGGCUCUGAGGGCUUCAGCGCCGGAGUCCACAGUUGGGCCGUGGAGGUGGGAAACCACCCCAAUUGGUUUCUGGGCGUGGCGAAAGAGUCAAUUAACAGGAGGGGGGAGCUGGGUGUGUCGCCGAAGGACGGAGUCUGGUGUUUGAUGCUGCAGAGCGGCCGGUAUCGUGCCGGGGGCGUUGACGACAUCACUCUGAAGAGGAGACCCCAGAGGAUCCGAGUGCAGCUGGACUACGACAACGGGGAGGUGUCCUUCUACGACUCAAAAGACCUGACACUCAUCCACACGCACAGAGACACGUUCACCGAGAGAAUGUUCCCAUACUUUCAUAUUGGAAAGGCUGGCGAUGCCAAUGUCCCAGCUAUAAAGAUCUGCCAAUCAGUAUUGUCUCUGAAUUUGAUGUAAUCCAAGUGAGGUAUGUACUGCUUGUAUCUGCGUGUUUGAAACAGGUCUGUGUGUUCCUGUAAGGGAAAGAUAGUAAAACAUGACAAAUCAGCAAUAGGGGUAAGUUUUACAGCUAAACAGUUGGGCAUAGUGAUGAAAUUGCAAAUUGGUUUUAGGUUCAGAAAUGACAGAUUAUAAAUAUAGCUACAAGCAGCGAUUCAUGGCUUCCAGCCUAUGCAGCAGUAAGCAGUGAAACAGGAAAGCUGGAAAAAAUAAAACAAUGCACCCUACACAGGACAGUACAGUGCAACUGAUUGACGAUGUGCCACAGGGUUCCUCGUUUUCUGCUCCUGGAGAAAACAGGUUCAUGUGAUGGAGAUCAAGUAUAUGAUUUUCUAUGAAGUACUCAUGUAUUUCUUCCCUUUCAGUAGAGAAGCAUAGAUGAUCAAACAAUGUCUGUUUGUGAGGUCAACUGAGGCCCAAAGGCAAAACUGUUCUCCAUGAGAAAUGGGACCAUGAAAAGUUUCAACAUUCUGGGAACCUUUUGAAGUAAGAAAAUAAUUUGCCCCUCUGAAUAGGAUAGUAAAUUUUCACAUUUUCAAUUUUUAGAGCACCACUAUCUGACCAAUUGAGGUGGCAUGCGAUAUCUUCAGGUGGGUUGUUGAACAAUGACCAAAAUGUAUACUGUAUAAUUGAUGGGAAUGCCAUUUCCCUAUUUUUCAACCAAUCAACUUUUCCUUCUAAAUGUAAUUAGAGGAUGGUAUAAAGUAUACACAUACCAACUCACAAGUCAAUCAGACCCUGCGGUUCAAGAGAAGAUUUUUUAAGGGUUUUCACAAAAUGGGAUCUUAAUGAGAAGAUUCAACAUUCUGGGUGACAUGGGAUGGUGGGGGUGUGUUCAAGUGUCUCAACGGGCUAUUGCUAGGCAAGCAUUCGCCAGAUCCAUCCCAUUAGUUUAUUUAUUUCAAUUAACCACCAUACCAACACGCGUACACAUUUUGGUGAGUUUUCAUCAAACAGAACAAUCAUUAAAGGCAUUUGAAAUGGAGAAUAAUAAUAAUAAAAACCUGCUGCUUCGCUGCCUGGAACAGUAAUUAGUGUUAGUGGUUUAGGGUUAGAGGUUUAGUGUUAGUGGUUUAGUGUUAGUGGUUUAGGGUUAGUGGUUUAGGG